AUGGACCAUUCUUCCAGCCCACCACCAGAGCCUAAUGGGCUAAAAACCACCCAAUCACUUGCAAAUAUACUUCACAAACUUGGACCAAUCACAGACGUUUCCUACGAGCCUUUCCAACCCGAAUCUAGACAGCCAGCAAGAGCGAUUCUACCUCCUGAUUUUCCACGAAAACCACGCCCGUUCGAUUACUUUAGCCUGUUCUUUACUCCCAAGCUUUUCCAGACAAUUACUACAAAUACCAAUCGAUAUACGAGCAUGCAAAGGCUACAUAUAAAGGAGGAGAGGGUACGAGAAUGGACAGAUUUACUUCUGGAGGAAUUACACGUGUUUCUCGGUGCUAUUAUAUAUAUGGGAGUACACGAUGAGCCUCAAAUUGAGAUAUACUGGAAUUCAGACUUUAAUAAAGGUCCUCUACACUCAAUUACAAGCCAUAUAUCGCUCUGCCGCUUUGAACAAAUCAAGCGGUAUUGCCAUAUUUCGUGCCCUAUAAAUGACGAGCAAAAUGGGUAUUACUUACCAAAUAAUAAGCUUUGGUGGUAUAAGCUUGAACCUCUUGCUUCGUCUAUACAAGCUUCUUGUCAAGUAUAUUACUCGCCUUCAUCUGAAGUGAGUAUUGACGAACUUAUGGUACGGUGCUUUGGCAGGUGCGUUUCCCCCAUUUUUAUUACCCCGCUACCCCGCUAAUUAUUAUUCUAGAUCCUUACAUACAUACAAAAUGCCCAAAAAGCCGAUUAAACAAGGGUAUAAAAUCUACGGGCUUGCGGAUCAUAGAUAUAUAUAUAAUUGGACUUGGAGCUCGCGAGAGAAGGGGUUACAAAAAAUGACUCUCUAUCCAACCCUUAUAAAUACCGGUUCUCUGGUACGAAAUCUGGCACUUUCCCUUCCACGCCACUACCUUACAAUAUACCUCGAUAAUUACUUUACCUCUGUACCCUUAUUUUCAGAGCUACGAGCCUGUAAAUUUGGUGCAGUAGAUACUACUCGCCCGUACAAGCUAUUUCCACCAG